UCCCCUGCCCUGCCCCGUCGGUGAGGCGGGGCCGGACCGGACCGGACCGGAUCGGACCGGACGGGACCGGAAGGGACCGGAAGAGGGGCCCGGCCGGAUGCUGCUCCGCCCCACGGGGCCGGGACGCCGACUUGAUGGACCCAACAUGGCGGCGGCGAGCCUGAGCACAGAGAGGGGCCGCGGAAAGCCAAGCAGCUGGCAAAGCCCACCGGAGCCGACGGGGACCGAGCGCGGGAGCCCCCCGGCCUGACCCGGCUCCGGCCCCGACCCGGCGGGGAUGGCGACGGCGGCGGCGGCCGGGCGCAAGCGGCGGGCCGGGCAGGCGUGGCCGGAGGAGCAGGGCGAGCGGGAGCACGGGCUGUACAGCCUGCACCGCAUGUUCGACAUCGUGGGCGCCCACCUGACCCACCGCGACGUGCGCGUCCUGUCCUUCCUCUUCGUCGACGUCAUCGACGACCACGAGCGCGGCCUGAUCCGCAGCGGCCGGGACUUCCUGCUGGCGCUGGAGCGCCAGGGCCGCUGCGACGAGACCAACUUCCGCCAGGUCCUGCAGCUGCUGCGCAUCAUCACGCGCCACGACCUGCUGCCCUACGUCACCCUCAGGAGGCGGCGGGCAGUGUGCCCUGACCUCGUGGACAAGUACUUAGAGGAGACGUCCAUCCGCUACGUCACCCCCCGGGCCCAGAGCAGCCCGGAGCCCGGGCCCCCCCAGCCCCCCAAAUCAGUGCCUCCCCACUACCCCGUGGUCUGCUGCUCCCCCACGGGCCCCCAGAUGUGCGCCAAGCGGCCGGCCCGGGCCAGAGCCGCCCUCGGGAGCCAGCGGCGACGCCGGAAGGCUGUGACCCCCGACCCCAAGGAGAAGCAGACGUGCGACAUCAGGCUGCGGGUGCGGGCCGAGUACUGCCAGCACGAGUCGGCGCUGCAGGGCAACGUCUUCUCCAACAAGCAGGAGCCCCUGGAGCGCCAGUUCGAGCGCUUCAACCAGGCCAACACCAUCCUCAAGUCGCGGGACCUCGGCUCCAUCAUCUGCGACAUCAAGUUCUCAGAGCUCACCUACCUCGACGCCUUCUGGCGCGACUACAUCAACGGCUCGCUGCUGGAGGCCCUCAAGGGGGUCUUCAUCACGGACUCGCUGAAGCAGGCCGUGGGCCACGAGGCCAUCAAGCUGCUGGUCAACGUGGACGAGGAGGACUACGAGCUGGGCCGCCAGAAACUGCUGAGGAACUUGAUGCUGCAGGCGCUGCCCUGACCCGCCGGCCCGGCGCCCGCACACUGUGCCGGCGGGGGGCUGCCGCGGCCCCCGCUCGGAUUUCCGUUUUUCGUUCCGGUUUUUUGGGUUUUUUUUUCGGUGAAAAGGGGAGGAAGCCGACGGCCCCUCCCGCCCCGGGGAGCGCCUCCGGUCCGUCUCUCCCGGGACGGCGGCCGGAUGGGGACCGGUCGCGGGGAAGGGGCCGGCGGGGGCUGCCGACGACGGUUCCCGGGGGGCCAGCGGACCCUGGACCGGGGUGCUGAGGUGGCCGCUUAAUCCCUCCACGUAGGGGGGGGAGUUCAGGAAGGAGAGAAGGAAAGGGGGCCGGGGCGGGCAGUCCGAGCCCUCCCCCGGCCGGUCCGGCGGUCCCGGCCUCUCCCCGGCCCCGGAAGGAGGAGACACCCAGCCGCCGCCGCCGCCACUCCGGACUCUGUAUUUUUCACAGCGGGGCGCCCCGUCCCCCCAACAACUCCGCCCGCGCCCCUCCACCCCCGAGCCCCGUGUAGCUUCGGUUUUUCUCGAAAUAAAGAGCGACUGCA